CUCCACGCCCACAUCAUGCCCAGGGUCUCAGUGUCCAUGGCUGGGUUGGACAACAGCCUCCAGCUCUGGUCUCCUCUCUGUGCCCCCAGCCCCAGUGUGACCCUUCUCCUGUGCUCUCUGUUGCAGCGCCUGGACCUGUUGGUGCGAGAUUGGCAGCUCUCUGGAGCCUACGGCACGGACGCGGGGCAGGAGUAUCUUGGAGAAAUCACACAGGACCUGGAGGUCUCUGCUGAGCAGCCCCUGGUGUUGGAAGCCCUGAGGGCGAGCGGCACCCGGUGCUAUCUAUUGCCCCACCCUGGCACUCAGUUCACCAGGAGCAGGGCAGGGACGCCAGAUGACAUGGACGAGGAUUUCUGGCAGUGCCUGUGUGAGUACGUCACCAGUGUGGUGCACUCAGCAGGGACACACGUCCGGACGGACCGAGCCGGGCAGGUGCUGACAGGGGCUCAGCUGGCUGCCAGGAUCAAGGGCGUCUCCCGAUAUCGGAAGACCCAACGCUACGACUUCUCCUCACCCAUGAAGAUGGCUGAGGCGUUUGCGGUGAUGAGACAGGAGUUAAACAGGAGAGUAGCAGAAGCCACCAGGAGGGAAUAUGACCAAUUUGUGCAGGAGCUGGACCGUGACCACCAGAGCAUGAGCAGCUGCCUGAGGGUGAAGCCCCUGGAGAUGCAGCGACGCCUGGAGGGGAAACGCCAGGAGCUGCUGAAACGCUGCCGGGGGGAGCUGCGGGGCGAGGACCCCCAGAAACAGGCGGCCCUGGAGGAGCUGAAGAAGGAGCUGGACAAGCAGAUGGCGGAGUUCCUGCCACGAUAUGAACAGCGCUUUAAAGUGAAGAAGGACGAGUGA